AAGACGUUACCGAACGAAUACUGCUGCAAUAUCCAAUCCACGGGCAAUAAAUCCAGAUUUGGUGACUAGAUGGCUUCGCUUCACUUCUGUGCUGAAUGCAACAACCUGCUCUACCCCAAGGGCGACAAUGCGCGACAACAGCUGGCUUAUGCAUGUCGCAUUUGCUCGUACGAGGAGGUAGUUGAGAAUAAGUGCGUCUAUAAGGACGAUUUGCUCACCGUCACCAAAGAGCAAGUCGGAGUGACCACGGAUUUAGGGUCUGACCCUACAUUGGCCCAUUCCAAUAUCCCAUGUCCAAAAUGCGGCCACGAUGACGCCGUCUUUUACCAGGAUCAAUCGAAGCGCAAGGAGACCCGAAUGAUUCUGUUCUAUGUUUGCGUCAAGUGCAAUCACACCUUUCAGGAUCCUGCGCUACCCCCGGAGAGUCGACUGGAACUUUAAUCUCCCACCUCAUGCUUCGAGCCUGCACCCGACCUGUUCGCCAUUUCGCAAUCACGGUCAAGACUUUCUCGCCAUUCAAUCAACAUUCAGUAAUUCGACUUGGAAGGCUAUAGGUUUUGGGGGACGCUUUCGACCUUUGCCAGUCGUCACAUUUCAUGAACGCGUUUUCCUUGUUGAACGGGGGUUUACGCCCGGGUUCCCUCGUCCUCAUGCCUCAAGGAUCACGAUAGUUAUGCAAUAUUCCAUCCGAUACCGAGGCUUGCAGGAAAUGCUCCAUGGUUGGUCGAACGCUGGUGAACCACGUUAGUAUUCGCUCCGCAUGUGGCACUGGAGGGCCUAGCAUACCUGACAGAGACCGAAUAUAUGUAUCGUAAAUUCAGUGAAUAAAACCUUUUGUGGCAGGU